GGCGUUGCCAAUCGAGGCAGCUGUCAGAUUCAGAAGCAGAGCUUCUCGGACAAACGGCAGAAACACGGGCUUGUUCAAACAACAAGACAGAUGAAUCUCGUUCAUUUCUGAGCAGAGUAAGUAACAGGGAGUGCUGAUAUUCCCCAGCCAUCACCUGACCACUCUGAUCCCCAUCCCAUCAUCACCAUGGAGACCACCAACAACUACGUGCUGAUCCAUGGGAAGAACAUAUCCCAAAACACCCUGGCUGGCUCUGCUGUGGUGCCCCACAUGUCCAUCGACAAGCUUUUCCCGGCUCUCCUUGAGUGCUUUGGGAUCAUAUUGUGUGGCUACAUAGCUGGCAGGGCAGAUAUCAUCACAGAGAGCCAGGCAAAGGGUUUGGGGAACUUUGUGUCCAAGUUUGCUCUUCCAGCUCUGCUCUUUAAAAACAUGGUGCUGUUGGACUUUGGAGACGUCAUCUGGGCGUUUCUCUGGAGUGUCCUGAUUGCUAAGGUGACAGUGUUUGUGCUGGUUUGUGUGCUGACUCUAAUGGUAGCCAGUCCAGACAACAGAUACAGCAAGGCUGGCCUGUACGCCAUCUUCGCUACGCAGAGCAAUGACUUCGCCUUAGGAUACCCCAUAGUUGAUGCUUUGUAUCGGAGCACAUAUCCAGAGUACCUCCAGUACAUCUAUCUAGUUGCCCCGGUCUCCCUCAUGCUCCUCAAUCCCAUCGGCUUUGCUCUUUGUGAGGUGCAGAAAUGGAGGCAGGCCAGCCAUUCACAGCACAGCACUCUAACCAUUGUGGGAGUUGUAGUCCUACAGGUGUUGAAAAACCCAGUAGUUUUCAUGGUGAUAGUAGGAAUCAUCGCCCACUUUGCCCUGGGCCAGCGGAUCCCUGCUGUGCUAUCAGAGUUCAUAGAUGGCCUGGCUAACUCUUUUGGAGGGGCGGCCUUGUUUUACCUUGGCCUCACCAUGGUCGGCCAGCUUCGAAAACUAACCAGAGACACUGGAGUUGCCUUGAUUCUCCUCAUCACAGCCAAACUCCUGGUGAUGCCACUGGUCUGUAAAGACAUGGUGGACAUUCUGGAUGUAGGAGUGAACAGCACGAGUGCCAACCACACUAGUUUAUCUAACUUUGCUUUCCUGUAUGGAGUCUUCCCAACGGCACCUAGUGUGGCCAUCUAUGCUGGACACUACAACAUGGAGCUAGAAGUGGUCACAUCAGGGAUGGUAAUCAGUACGUUUCUGUCUGCACCGAUCAUGUAUGUGUCGGCCUGGUUAUUAACAAUCCCUCUAAUGGACCCGACCCCCCUGGUGACAGAACUUGAAAACGUUAGCUUCAACAUCAGCAUCGUAAGCCUUGUAGCACUGGUGUGGACCAUAGUGGUGAUGUUGCUAAGCAGGAAAUUUAACAGACUUCCUCACCUCUUUGCCUUAAAUCUUUUCCUGGCUCAGUUUUUGGUUUGUAUCAGCAUGAUCCUGUGGAACUUCUUUGUGAAACAAGAGGAUAAUCUGAUCGGCAAAAUUCUCACCUUCACUCUGCUCUAUGGGUCUCUGUACAGCACCUACAUUUGGACAGGUUUAAUCCCUCUCUGUCUGGCUCUGACUAACAGAGAUGAUCUGCUGAGACUCCGACCACGAGUUUUCAUAAUUUUCGGUUGGGGGGUUCCCUUCCUGAUGGUCGGAGGUCUUCUGAUAUCAGGAGAGAGGACUGAUACUAUAGACUCUGCCUUCUUCUAUGGCAGAGCUCAGAUAAUCAGCACAGCAGUGGUGCUUGCAGUCAGCCUGAUGCUCGGUGCGAUAUCUCUAAUGGGUCUCAGCCAGGGAAACAGGGAGCAGAGAGGCUACCAGGCCCUGAACAGAGCUGCUGUAACAAGCAUCAAUGAUGAGCUGAGGACCCCUGGUAGCCUCGAGGAUCCACAACAACAACAACAACAACAACAACAACAACAGCCACAGAUGGCAAAUUCUCCUGCCUGCAGCAUCAACUCAGACCUCCACAGUUUCUCUCCUCUCCAGACCUUACCUGACAUGAUAGCCAGCACGCAGAGGGAACACACAAACAGCACAGGCCACAGUGGGGCGCUGUGUGACAUGCAGCAGCAGGGUUCUUCCUCCUCUGAGCAGCCGCUGAACCUGCCACCCCCUGGGCUUCAAACUACCGAUGAUAAACAGACAGUCAGACACGUUCUGCUCUGUCUGCUGCUCAUUGUCAGCCUGCUAGCAAAUCUGUCCAGCUGUCUGUGGUGGUUGUUCAACAAAGAUCCAGGAAGACUUUACCUUGAACUACAGUUCUUCUGUGCCGUGGCAAACUAUGGACAGGGUUUCCUGUCCUUUGGGAUCUUUGGUCUAGACAGACACCUCAUCAUCCUGCCUUUUAAAAAGAGGUUGCUCGGGCUGUGGCAGGGCAGGGACAGUGAGGAUUUGAGUCCCUCAGGUGUACCAGAGGAGGUCAGACUCACCUGUACCCAGUUUGUCCGCUACCACAAAGACCAGUGUGUACAAGAUAUAGUACAUACACGCAGGUUUGGAGGAAGAGGAGGACUGGAGGAGGAGGCUUUGAGACAUUCCCCCUCCCAUCAGCCCCAGUACCUACAUCCGCGUCAGGAUCCUCAGGUGCAGCUAAACCACGAGCCGCAGAAUCUGCACAAGAUUCACCAAACUCAUGAUCCAGCAGAAUCCUGCGGCCAGUAUUUGCCUCCAUCCCGACCCCGGCUUGAGCCUGAGAAUGACCACCUAGCACAUAUUACCAAUGCCGAUAUCCCAGAGGAGCAGAUUUCCCAGCUCCAGUCUAACCAAGCUCGCGACCCAGCUAAUCCUCACCACCUACAUCAGCAUGAUCUUGCUUCGAGCCCACCCCAUCUCCAUCAACAUCCUCAGUUCCAAUUUGAAAGUGUGUUUCAGGGGAGUGACUUGGUGGACUGGCUGGUUGAGCGUGGCCUGUGCACUGGGCGAGCCGAAGCCCAUCUGUAUGGCGUUCGACUUCAGCAGGGAGGAGUGUUAGAUCACCUGACAAGUCAGCACAGCUUCAGAGAUGAACCCACCCUGCUGUACCACUUCACACAGGGGAGAGGGGAGCAAUGGUCCCAGAACAUGUGAGAGGAAGUGAGGAGAAAGGAGGUGGAGGGAGUAAGGUAGGGAGGAGGAGGGGAAGGGGAGAAAGAUGAGACAGAAAAGGAGGAGGUACCAAGCAGCAACCACCAUGGCUGAAUGCCAAAGCAGAAGUGCCUUAUGGUGCAGUUUUUCCAAUGACCACUAGAUACUGGCUCUGGAAAGGCUAAUUUUAUUGAAGUCAAUGAAAUAGACCCACAGUUUCUCUAUAGAAAGUAUUCUCUCCUGGAAGAAUUUAGCUCCUCCACUGCAAAUUUCACCUCUUGUAAUGUGUGUGUCUGUGGCAAUUUGUUCAAAGAUGAUAUUAAAGUGGUCAUAUUAUGCUCAUUUUCAGGUUCAUAAUUUUAUUUUGGGGUUGUACCAGAAUUGAUUGACAUGGUUACAUUUAAAAAAACAAAACACCAUAUUUUUUCUCAAACUGCACAUUCAUAUCUAGGUGUACUUGUGGAAACUGCUCAAUGCGUGCAUUAUGACGCAUGUGACAUAGUGAAGUAGAUACAUUACGGAAAUAAAGGCUGGGCUACUGUCAAGCUGUUUUCAGGUAGUCCAGGAGCAGUGUUUUCUGUGGGUGAGGGAAACUCCCUUUGGUGUGGACUGUGGGCUUUUUCACUUUGCAAACCUAUUACAUGCACAAAAAAGAUAUAUAACACAAUAAAGGAAAAGGGAAAAGCCAAAAAGCAUAAAAUGACCUCUUUAAGUGGUAUAUUUGAAGGUGUGUUUGCUUUGAUUGACAGCCUGUCUUAGGCUAUUCAUGGUAAUUGCCGCUUGCUUGUCCAAGGGGUCGUGGUUGGGGUUGUGGAAAUGGUUAAGAAAGAAUAAGAGGAGAAAAAAGAGGAAACAAGCACUCCCUGCUGUUGCUUCACCUCUCCUGGCUCCAGACCAAGUCUGCUUGCCUCCUUUAAAAAAUAAAUAAAUCAUUUUUUCCCCCCACUGCUCCCCCACUGAACUUUGACCAUAGCUAGAGAUGUGAAAAGUGAUUUUUCUUUACUUCUGGAUUUCUGUGAGCCAGUGAACUUCUUAAUGAAGAUUCACAUUAUUAAUCUGUCCUCAAAUAUCUUAUUAUUUGUAACAUUUGCGUGCAAGUGGUGAGAAGACAAUAAGAACAGACCAUUAAACUGAUAGUACUGUACGAUUGCUCUUAGCCAAUGAGCUGCAGGGCUGCUCACUGAAAGCCAAUGGCGUUCUUGCCUGCUCAUUCUGUUUUAAUGUUUUCUUCUUUUUCAGGUGACAAAAAAUCCUCUUGAAUCUGCCCGUUAUUUCAGUAUUUGAUAUUUUGCACGAUGUGUCUUUUAACCACUCUGGUCUACGUUGACUACUUGCAUGACUCAGAGCAGUACAGACUUCUGCUCCGCACUGAACCUUUUGCACUGACUGAAUAACAUUCUUUACGUUUUUUAAAUUAUGCAACUCACUGGAUAUUUGUCUUGUGCUGAUGCUGCGGAAGAUGUUUGUUAUCUUUGCACUGUGAAAUUGUGUUGCCGCUGUCAAUGUGAAACAUUUGUUUGGGACUGAUUGUGGUCACGUCACUAAAUGGAUUCAUUCAGCCAAGGUGGAAAAUUAGCAGAUGCCUUCCCAGCCAAAUCUGGCACUGGCUUGAUUUAAGAAUUCAGCCCAGGCCAGACAUGAACUCAAGUUAUUUCUUUGCUAGUUUUUUGGGUGCAUGAUCCCAAAUAAAAUGAACUUUCUUAAAACCUCAAGAACAUAGAAGUGUGUAGUUAUGUGAGAAAUUUUAGAAAUUCACCAGAGCCCUUUAUCUAAAACACGUCUGUCCAUUUGAAUUUUUCAUUUUAUCUUGUUACACUUUGUUAAACUUUGAUAAGAGUGAUACAGUCACAAUUACAGUUCUAAACUAGCUUAUAUUGUACACAAAACUGACUUGGAUAAAGUUUGAGUCUAGGUUGUUAGUCAUAACCACACUACUGAACUGUUUACAGAUUGUUUGGCUCCCACUGAGCGACUGGCAGCACUAACUAAACUACAACUAUUGUUUGCCUGUUAAGUUGCUGCUGAUUUGUGAUAUUGUUACUAUGAAGUUUACAGUGUGUUGGCAGGGUUGUAGUAGAUGGAUGGAUAGUGAUAUAUGCACACAUGAGCAGAGACAAAGACCACACUAAUGUCAAACAGAUGCUGUGAUUUGAUGUUUUGUUGCCUUGCUAGUAGUGAGACCCGAGGAUGGCGAGGUCAAUUCAGAGGUUGUUCUCUGAGCAAAAUUCUUAACCAAUUGGUUACGGCUGACCUUUCACCUGAAGCAUAAUGUCCAAAGAAAGGAUAUUCCUCUGUUCUUCUUGAUCCCUUUUCUUAAUCACAAACUAUCUAUGUGCAUAUAUGUCUUAUCUUUGUGUCUUCUGCCAACUGACACAUUGAAAUUCAUGCAAUUCACAUCAGGUCCUUGUGUUUACUGAGUUGUUAAAAUGAGUUGAGUGCCUGCCUAUGCCAACGUGAAGAUGUGUAUGUGUGUGUAUGUGUGCAUGAACUAAAAUGUCUUUGAGUUGUGAUGUGUGUGUCGUAAAGUACUGACAGAGAAGAAGAGAGAUUUUAAUAUUAAGUGUGACUGUGUGUUGUUUUCUUUCAAGUGUGUUGCUGUAAGUCAAUCAGGGUCAAUGACUGUGUCCAUAAGAAAGGCACAAAUAAACUACUGUUUGCAUCCAAAA